AUGAGAAGAAGAGGAAGAAGAAGUAUUGCUUCUAGACGCGCAUUUGGUAAUUUUGCGAGUGCAAUGCAACAAAGAGAUUCUACUAAUGUAGUAAUCUCUGUACAAGAAGAUGUUAAUAUUAAUGUACCUGUUGGUUCUAGUGAAGCUACAUUAAUUAGAAAUGUAAAUGCUAUUCUUACUUCUACUCAAUAUUUUGAAAAUUAUAUGGGAAUGUAUGAUCAAUAUAAAGUUAAUGCUGUUAGAGCAUCACUUGAAAUGACUUUCAUUGGUAAUGGUUUAUUGAAUAGUGCUACUUUCCCAUCUAUUUGUACUGCAUGGGAUAGAAAUGGUGUUAAAAUUAAAGUAGUUGAAGUUAAUGGUACUAAAUAUUUUGGAGUACCUGAUUAUGGUGUUGUAUCAAGUUAUUCAUCUGCAAAUGAGAAGACAUUGUAUUAUGGAAUAUUAUCACAAGAUAAUAUGUAUAGUGCAUGGAAUCCUCAAUUACUUAUUUCACUUAAAGCUCCACAAGCUGUUGCCGCUAUGAAUGCUUGUACUUUAACUAUUCAUUGGCAAUUUGAUGUUACUUUAAGAGGAUUAAGAAAGGUUCUUGUUCCAAAUGCUGAAAUAUUUAAACCAUAUGCUGGAUUUAUUGGUUAUGCUAAAAAUAAUAUGGGAUUGGUUGUUCCUUCUGCUACUGAUGCUUCUGGAUAUAUUGUAGUUGGAAAUGCUGAUAAUAGUAGUAAACCUUCUAUUAAUCCUGAUACGGUAUUUAAUGCAACUGAUUCCAGUUAUACUAAUGGAGGAAUUGUAUUGCCUAAUAAUGGUAUGCCUGAGUCAAAUCCUAAUCUUUAA